GACAGACCCCCGUGCUACGUAGUUCUAGCGGGUAGUAACUGAGUGUUAGAUUUGUGUUAAGUUAAACAAAUUUGAAACGACUCACUCGCUGUCACGUUGGACAUCAGCAGACAUGUCCUCGUUGAAAGCAGCAGCAGUCCUCAGCGUUUCCCUUUGUCUGUUAUCCUGCACAAAGGCUGAUACACAAAACUGCGUGGAUUACAACAACGAUGUAUUGUACAAAGCUGACGACAUGGAAGGAACGUGGUAUCCAAUCGAGAUAGUGAUCCACCGCAACGACUCCAAGAUCUACGGAGUACCUUUGGACACCAAUUGCCCGGCGGUCACCCUCACGAAAGGACCAAAGAAGACGCUGGUGAUGAUGUGGAACUCCACAGAGGGCGACCUGGAGUACAGAUUCCAGCAGAAGGGGAGGGGACAGUGGCAAUCUAUCAGUGAUCAGAAAGGUUCUUCCAAUCCAGCUCAACAACUGAAGAGUUCCCAGGCAUCGAUCCUGACUUUAGAAAAGGACAAAUACAUGAUUGUCCGACUCUGCUCCACCUCUAUUCACAGCUCUGUUAUCCUCUCCCGCCAAAACACUAGAUCAGCUGAUGUACUGAGUGGGGCAAACCUACAGCUGGCUCAGCUGAACAAAUCCCCAGCCUAUGAGAGGAAGCCAAUGUGUAGCGCUGGAGCGUUGUUGGGUCACUCCAUCAACGUUUUACUUGCGACCGCCUCCCUUAUAUUACUGUUACGGAUUUAGACAAUUGAUCAAACGUUAUGAUUGUAGCUCUUCCUAUGUAAAGACACACAGAUGUGCCCCAGAUGUUGACGCGUUGAAAGAAUCGGCUGGAAGUUCGCUUUGAACUUGAAGAUACACUGAGUGUGAACGUUGAUGAUUUUACCUAUGCGCCUCAUGGUAGAAUCUUCUCAGAUACCCUUGCACGUGAUUUCUUUAGAGAUUCAAUUAUUUGAGGCUAUUAGAAAAGCCAAUACCAUUUAGUGUAGUUCCAUUGACUAUCGACCUGCAGAUAGCAAAUUGAAAUGAGUCUCUGAAUUCUUAAAGAUUUACCAAUUACGGAUCGUAAAAUUGUUUAAGUUUAGAAGUAGAGAAAAUGUAUCAAUAUCGUAUAUAGAUCAAAAUCCAUUAAAACAUUUACGUUGCAAAAACAUUCCUCCCUCAAGCAAAAGAUGUUCCCAAGCUUAGCGGCGUUCACGCAUUUACUUCAAUCACGUUUGUGCCUUUACAAAGAGAGAGCUUAUGUGUUUAGUUACCUCAGCUUACGCUUUACGCACAAUCCUUGCACAGCACUUCGAACAAUGUACAUGACUGCAACUGUAUAUAUGUACCUAACUGUGACCAGCAUUCCAAGAAGCCUUUACAACUAUAUGAACCUAAUGCAUUUUUCUGUUGAAGGGUCGCUGGCAGGUGACAACUACAAACAGUACGGAGGGAUUUUCCGCGUUUUUAAAAUGGACGAUGACUACAUGUUCUUGAGCUAUUGCUCUAAAAAUUACCGCGUUUUGAAUACGGUUGCGUUCUCUAAGAGUGGUACGAUGCCGCCGGAACUGAUAGACGAGACUCUAAAAGAGUUGGAAGAUAGGAAAAUCAAACGAUCAAGACAGAUCAGGGUCCCGCCUUGUGAAGAAGGAGGAUACAGCCAUCGCAUCUUGUCUUCGUGUUUGUUGUCAAUCCUCCCAAGUCUGGUUGUGCGGUUUCCUCUCUAACCUCGCCACCAAGCCGAUGUGUUUGAGAGUUAAACAGUUGAUUUGCUGCGAUUCCUGUAGUUUGCUUGCAAAAUAGCCGUUUGUAGUUUGUCUCGAACAAGAUGAUCCCGACGUAAUGAUUAUCAAAAUACAUUAGGUACUCGAAGUAAGUACUAGAAAAAAGAAAGAAAUAUUGUAGACCGUCAGCCAUGC